AUGGGGAAUUGCCAGGUGGCGGAGGCGGCGGCGGCGGCGGCAGUGGAGCUUCCGGGUGGGAGGGUGCGGCGGCUCUACUGGCCGACCCCCGCUGCCGAGCUCAUGCGCUCGAACCCGGGCCACUACGUCGCCCUCGUCGUCGCCGCCGCCGCCGCCGCCGCCAAUUCCGAUCGCCUCUGCGGCCCCGGCGAUGGCGGAGGUGCAAAAGCGACGCGCGUGAAGCUGCUCAAGCCCAAGGAUAUGCUCCUCCUCGGACACUCCUACAAACUCAUCACCUUCCAAGGUUAA